UGUGUGUGUGUGUGUGUGUGUGUGUGUGUGUGUGUGUGUGUGUGCGUGUGCGUGUGCGUGUGCGUGUGUGUGUGUUUCUGUGUGUGUGUGUCCAGUGUGGAACAGACUCAGUACCUAUGAGUACAUUGUGCGUCAGCGCCACCGUGUGGACAGCAGAGACUCCAGGAAACCCAGAUCAGUGAGGGAGGCAGCAGCUGCUUUGGUCCUGAAGGACGUGAGCUACUCGGGGACUCUGGGUUAUACCAACUCUCAGCUGGACGUGCAGGAACCUACCACUGUGGCUGUGCGGGGGGAGGCAGAGUGAGUUCUGGUCCUGGUGGUCUGGUCCAGGCCUGGGUCCAGGUCCAGGUCCAGGUCCAGUUUUUCUGUGAUUGGCUGGUUGGGCUGACCAGGUCCUGACACGCCUCAGCAAACAGUCGUUUCAUAACUCAGUGAGGCCGGACCGUCGCCAUGGAUACGCCUGCUGUCAACACAACACAGAGAGCAAAUGACAUUCUUUGGCAGGAAGGAGAAAGUGUGUGUGUGUGAGUGUGUGUGUGUGUGUGUGUCCAACCUUCAUAAAUAACUCUGUGGCUGUUUGCCCUGAACUUUGUCUUCCAGGGAAACUUUAUUUAAACAGCAGCGGAGUGAACACUGACACUAAACUAGUCUCACCUGUCAGGUGUCAGAUUUACUAAUCUCACCUGUCAGGUAGCAGCUGUUUGAUCAGUUUAGUGCAUCAAUAUUGACUUAUUGACACUUUUGUGUGUCAUUAUAUGUACUGGUCAGAAAAACUAAACAUCUCAGAGUCUUUAUUGUUGGUGAGCUGCAGAUGUGAACACAGCAGCCAGAAAACUCCAGAACACACAGCCGGGUUCAUGUUCAGGUAAACUACAGAACACACACCUGGGGUCAUCCAUCCAUCCAUCCAUUAUCUAUACACCGCUUAAUCCUCACUAGGGUCGCGGGGGGGGGGGCUGGAGUCUAUCCCAGCUGACUCGGGCGAAGGCAGGGGACACCCUAGACAGGUCGCCAGUCUGUCGCAGGGCCACAUACAAAGACGAACAAGCACUCUCACAUUCACACCUACGGGCAAUUUAGAAUAAUCAAUUAACCUCAGCAUAUUUUUGGACUGUGGGAGGAAGCCGGAGUACCCGGAGAAAACCCACGCAUGCACAGGGAGAACAUGCAAACUCCAUGCAGAAAGAUCCCGGGAAAGCCGGGACGCGAACCAGGGACCUUCUUGCUGCAAGGACCUGGGUUCAUGUUCAGGUUCCUGGCUAACGGCAGAGUGAUCAGUGUGUCCAGUCCUGUCAUGGAGGAAGAAGCUCCGCCCACCCACUCUACAGAGAGGAAAGCAGCAACACACAGACAUACACAGAAGAAGAAGAAGAAGAAGAAAGUUCCUAGAGUCCCAGCAGAAGCCCCGCCCCCAGCAGAACCCGUGUCCUCGGUGUCUCUGGGUCAGCGCCUUCCUUUCCCAGCAUUUCCUCUGAAGUCCUCCCUCCUGCCGCUGGCCCCCUCCGGCCCCGUCCAGGCCGCCGCCCCCCCCGCCGAGUACCACUCGGACUCGGCCGAGUCUCUGGAGGAGAUCCCGGUGGCGCUGGCCAAGCUGGGCUCCUCGGCGGGCGGAGACGCCUCCACGUCCUCGCAGCGGGCCCCGCCCUUCCCCCUGCCCUCCCCCCUGCCCAGAACUAAGAGGAAGGCCUCCCGCCCACACAGGGGCGCCGCCGAGCUCCGGUUCGAGAUGGCGUCCACGCAGCCGCCCUCCGUGUUCGUCAGCCGGGCCAGCGGGGAGGCAGCCGAGCCCCGGGACGAGGGCCUGAGCCUGGGCAGGAGGGCAGGGGGAAGGCCCCCGGGAGCAGCUGCUGCCUCCUGGAUGGAACGCUAACCUGUCCUCACCUGUUCUCACCUGAUCUCACCUGGUCUCACCUGUCCACUCUGAGGACUCUCAGGUGGAACCGAAGAUGGAACCGAAGGUGACUCCUGGAUGGAGCACUAACCUGAUCUCACCUGUCCUCACCUGAUCUCACCUGUUCCCACCUGUUUUCACCUGUUUUCUAUGUGAACUUCUGGACCUGAAGCGUCUCGGCCGUAAACCUGACGUGUGUUUAUGGAUGUUUGUGUGCCUGUUGCCGUGGAGACGCCACCUGUUGUUUUACUGUUUCCCCGUUAACAGCGCCUCUGCUGCGUCUCCAUGGUAACUGCAGCUGAGGCCGUGAUGUCAUCAGGUAACACCAACUUCCGGCAUGCACCUCACGUCUCUGUUUCCAUCACCUGGAAUAUUCAAACCAGCAAAUACAUGGAAACAGAAUAUUUCCUUUUAUGUGCACCAAUCACAGAGCUUCAUACUGUUGUUGUUAGCGUAGCGCCCCCCCACUGCCACACUGCAAACUGCAGCUCAGGACCCAAUCACGUUAAAGGAGCAGUUCAACAUUUAGCUUCUAACUGCUAGCUGCUGCUACUCAUUAAGCUAAGCUAACUGCUAGCUGCUUCCACUCAUUAAGCUAAGCCAACUGCUAGCUGCUUCCACUCAUUAAAUUAAGCUAAGCUAACUGCUAGCUGCUUCCACUCAUUAUGCUAAGCUAAGCUAACUGCUAGCUGCGUCCACUCAUUAAACUAAGCUAAGCUAACUGCUAGCUGCUUCCACUCAUUAUGCUAAGCUAAGCUAACUGCUAGCUACUUCCACUCUUUAUGCUAAGCUAAGCUAACUGUUAGCUGAGGAGCGUUCAGGUCAAACCAAACAUCUACCGCUUCUUCUGUUCAUCUGACAGCAGUUUAACCCCUGAACCCUGAAACACACCGCUGGGUCUGAAAGACUCAAUCUCUAAAAAACUCCAGAAUAACAAACCAGAGAGAAUCAUCAGUGAGUGAUGUUGUUUCAUUAAAAUCACUUUAUUCUACUGGUCUUAUUCAAAAAAAUAAAGAAAAUUAAAAUGUUGCGUUGAAUAAAAUAAAUGCAGCAGAAACAGAGAACAGAGGAGCUAGUUGUUGGAGAUCCAUCCAGCAUGGUGGAACAUCUACAGAUGAUGAGUAGAGGAGAGAGGAAACAUGGAGAUAGAAAAACAUCUAAUGAAUGAAGAGAUGGUAGGAGAAACCAGCUGGAGGUUCUGGAAGACAUUUCUAGAAAGCUGGUUUUUCCUGAAGCUCCUACCAUCACCUGGACCUGGAUGACUGAGAACCUCCAUAGAAGUCUGAGGAGACAACAUUAGUUCAGAGUUUAACAUCUGAGGAGACCUGGUGGUUCCUGGUUUUUAUGGUUUGUAAAACAAAUAAUCAAACAAAAUGUUCCUUUCUCUGGUUUCCACCACUAACGGUGUCAGAAGACGUCUCUGAGUUAUCUCCUUCUUCAUGAUGUUCUGGUUCCACAGAGCUGCAGGACUUUAGAUUAAAGAUGAACCAUGGUGAGUCAAAACAGAAACCAGAUGGGGUUCGGAGGGUUAAAGUGUCAUCUGCUCAGUUUUCAGUUUACUACAGUAAAAAUGUCAUCAUAGUUACAACUGGAAGUGUGUUGAUGGUAUCUGAUGACAUACAGAAGCACCUGGAGAUGGUUCUCUGAAUGUGAAACUGUUCCUUUAAGACCGUUCAUGAUGUGAGCGGCUGGACGAGUUCAGGAUGUUUGUUUCUACUUUCAGCUGAUCCAAACUGUUCAACAAUAAAACAUGAAAACUGA